AUGAGGGCUGAAACGUUCCGCGCGGGCGUCGAAAGUGGAGAGGUGCCAGUCGACCGCCAUGAUCGGGUGUUGCGAAUAACCUUUACCCACUUGGACGAAGGGUUGUGGAAUGGGAACGUAGUCCGAGGGUGGGUGCCCGAACUUGGGAGCGAGGAGGAGAUUGCUUUCCUAGCGGCCGUUGCGGCGAGGGAGACGGAGGCCGCCGGUGCUAGCAGCGACGGCAACGUCAACCUGGACUAUGCUUCUAGGGGUGUUGCUUGUGGCAUUUGA